UUAUGCUGUCGCCUCACCAACGCGCAUCCAACUCGACAGCGCCUACCGCCGCCGCACAACAACACGCCCCUUCCUCUUCCGCUUCUUGUGGCCGCGCGUGUUGUCGCUGUUCGUCCUGCUGCAGUUGAGCUGGAAGCACGCACACAAAGGCGAACAGCAAGUCCCAACGCUCAUCAGUGAUGCGGUUGAGUGCUUUCGCGACGGUGGCGUCGAUUGCCGCCGUCAUCCUCGGACUCACCUCAGCUGUCACCGCUCAGGACUCCGCCUGCGAAUGGAGCCGCGCGUGCCCCGUGUCGCUGCGGCCAAGCACAUCUGUGCUGGUAGCGGUGCAAGUCAGCAGCGUCAACGACUUUAUCAACGAACGCAUUGAUCUGGAUACAGGCGCGCCUGCGACCGCCGACGAGGUCCACGUGCAGUUCAGGAACAACAUGAUCCUCACAGGCGCCAACACAACACAGAGCGUCACCUUCUACUCCCCAGCUGGCAGAGCCAUUGCGGUGUCUGAGGCGGCGCCCGCAGCGGUUGCGUUCCUGGCCAGCGAGCAGUGGAUCAGCACCGCCACCACUGCAUGCCUCUGCCACGCGCAGCCAGACGCAACGCCGCUGAUCGACGUCGCAAACUACGCAACCAUUCGGGUGCACCUUGACCUCGAGUUUAUGGUUGACCGGACCCCCUCGUGUGCGCUGCGCUUUGAGAACACGACGCGCGUGUGGACCGUGGAUGCGUCGCUGUAUGCGGACAUCGCCGUCAACAGCAGCACCACCGCCCUCCGUCUUCAGUCCAUCGAUUGCGGCAACACCGCCACCCCGACGGCCGUUCGCUUCACCGCCGUUGCCGCUCGCCCCUGCGACAUCCCCGGCUGCGUUGCCUGCAAGCAAGACGGCGUCACGUGCGCGGCGUGCUUCAACCCGGCCACGCUCGCCUCUCCCGAUGCGUAUGCGGAUGCACACGUGUACAGCGGAAACGGGUUCACCUACCUUGCCCUCGACGGCACGUGCACGUCGGCGUGCGAGCAGGGCACGUUCCUCAACACCACUGCCGGUGCCUGCAUGCAACCGCGCACGUGCACCAUGGACGACGAGUACGAGAGCGCGGCGCCCACAGCCACCUCGGACCGGGAGUGCACGCCGGUCACCACGUGCGAUGAGCAGGCUGAGUUUGAGCUGACGGCGCCGACAGCAACGAGCGACCGCAUCUGCAGCGCGCUGCUCCCCUGCGACAACGGCACCAUGCGGGACCCGGCCAACCCGGCCGUGUGCCGGCAGUGCCAGCAGGGCAUGCGCUACGAUGCCGACGCAGAGGCCUGCGUGCCACUCGCCGCAAACGAAUACGAGGUGCGUGCCGUGAACGGCACCACAAGCGAGAUCCGCACGUGCGACUGCGCGGGCCCGUGCGUGCGGUUCAUCAACGACACGGUGGAUACGGUCACGUGUGUCCCGGAAGGGUGCGCCGCCGGGGAGAUCAAGGAGCACUUCUUCGCCCCAGACAGCACCUGCACCAGCUGUGGGCCCGGACACGAGAUCCCGACCACUGGCAGCUUCUACGGCACGUGCGACAUGUACACCUGCCCCUCCAGCACGUACGACCACGAUAGCGACCCCAGCACGGCGUGCCGCGUGUGCGAUGCUGGCAGCGAGAUUGUGACCACGGGCUCAACAUCAACGUGUGUGGCGUGCGCGGGCAACACCACCGACGACGAUUACGAUGCGUCGACUCCGUGCGUGUUGUGCAACGAGUUUGUGGUGGGUCACGCGGGCCCCUGCUCUCUGGUUGCCUGCCAGGCCGGUGCCACCCUUGUGGCGGGCCUGUGCGUCCCCGUUGGGUGUCCGCCCGGGGAGGAGCGUGUCGGCGGCGCGUGCCAGCCGUGCGCUGGUGGCCACUUCAGCAUCGGCCCUCGCCAGCCGGCUUGCGUGCCCCACAACCCGUGCAGCAGCGGCACGUACGAGCGCGCUGCGCCCACGGCCACCUCGGACCGCGUGUGCCAGCAGUGCUCGGCCGGGUGCACGUGCACCGCGACGGACGAGACGUGUCCCGGCGGCACGCAGCAGUCGACCGGCGGCAGCACCGCAUCCACAUCCGGCAGCGGCACAGACUACCUCCCUGUCGGCGCAGGCGUCGGGGUUGGGCUCAUCCUGGUGAGCGCGCUGGUUGGCCUCGUCAUCGCUCGCAAGCGGCGCGGGUCGAACAAGGCAGGGGACAGGAUUGCCAUGACCAGCAGCCACAACUUCGACCGGCAGCGACCCUUUUACGAGAACUCCUCCCAGCAGCAGCAGCAGCAACAACAACAAGAACAAGUGCAAUACGAGUACGCAGACACGCCACGCAUCCAACAGACGAGCAUGGGUGGCGGCGGCAUGUAUGAGGAACUUGACAAGCCUGCAUCCGAGAACAUGUACUCGUCCGUUCGCCCAGACGGCCGGGCGCCGCGUGCCGGUGGCCAGGACACAUCCAGCAUCUACGCAAGCGUCGACCAGCAAGCCGACGUGCCGCAAGCAGCUGGUGGGCGGCACGAAGGAAUGGACAUCUACGGAUCCGCCAUCGAAGACCCCUCUGCGCUCUACUCCGUCCCCGUCAAGACAAAGAAGCCAGAACACCCAGAUGGGCUCAUCUACGCAGACCUCAAGUUCGUGCAAGGGUCUGCGGAAGGUGGCAUUGACCAGACCGGUACCGGGACCGCUGCAUCUGGUGGCAUCAGUGGCGGGGCGUUCCGGGAGACGGUGCGCGGGCAGCGGCCGCAGGAGGACACACAGUAUGCGAGCGUGGACCAGCUGCGAACCCUGCAGGCGCAGCAGGCAAACGAGGGCGGCAGCAGCGUGCUGGACCAGAAGGAGGUCGAAUACCAGAACGUGGACGAGUUUGCCUGAUGCCAUGGCCGUGCGGAUGUGCUGAUGUGAAUUUGAUGUUGUUACAACACACUCUUGUUUCAGGUGAUGGUGAUGAGGAGGAGGAGGAGGCGGAGGCGGCUCUGGUUUCAUGUUUUGUUGCGCCUUGCCCUGUUUUUCUGUGCUGGAAGUGGGUGUGGGUGUGAUUGGGCGAGCAAAAGUGAGUAUGAGUGAGCGAGAGUGUGAGGAAGAGGGGUUUGGCGUGGGUAAGAGGGAGAGAGAGAGGCAGGGUGUAGGAUGUGAGAGUGGAGCAUCCAAACAAGAGCCUUCGAGAGAACGAAGAGUUGUGCGUUUUUGUUUUGGUUGCGAUGGUGAUGACUCAUCAAUUAAACGAUCCCGCGUC